CCAUUGCCCUAUCUUCUCCCUCACCCCCGGCUCUCGCAGCGGGGGAGAGAGUUUUAGAAAACUUCGGGCUUUGAAAACACCCCCCUCUGGGAAGCGCUUGCUUCUUCCCUGAGGAGAGCGGGAGCCGGAGCCCAGCCCGGGUUUCGGCGUUGUUGGCGGGCGCCGGCAUGAGUUGGAAGCCUCUCUGAGAAAGCCAGAACGUGCUGCAGGGUGGUCUCUUCGCCCGCUGUUAAAUUUGGAGUCGUUUUCUGAUGAAAGCGCUCUUUAGAUAAGUUGAAUGUCUCAAUAAUGAAACGAUUCCUAAAUUUUAUAAAACUUGGUUCUUCAAAAGCCCUGUUUGGGGGAAGUGUGCUCAUUCGUCUCCAGCACCGCUGGGUGGCGCUGAUGCGAACAGAAUCUUCUUCCAGAACUUGGGACCGAGAACCUGUUUCUCUUCAUUGUCCCCUCGGUGGCACGUUCAUGGGGUUUGUUUUACAAAGUGCACAAAAGGAUUACAAGGAAAACCAGGCCUACUCCUCCGUCCCAGUCAGCAACAUGAACUCGGGCCUGGGCUCCAUGAACUCCAUGAACACCUACAUGACAAUGAACACCAUGACCACGAGCGGCAACAUGACCCCGGCUUCCUUCAACAUGUCGUACGCCAACCCGGGCCUGGGGGCUGGCCUGAGUCCCGGCGCCGUGGCCGGCAUGCCAGGCGGCUCGGCGGGUGGCAUGAACAGCAUGACCGCGGCGGGUGUGACGGCCAUGGGGACGGCGCUGAGUCCCGGCGGCAUGGGCGCCAUGGGCGCGCAGCCCGCGGCCUCCAUGAAUGGCCUGAGCCCCUACGCGGCCGCCAUGAACCCCUGCAUGAGCCCCAUGGCGUACGCGCCGUCCAACUUGGGCCGCAGCCGCGCAGGCGGCGGCGGCGAUGCCAAGACGUUCAAACGCAGCUAUCCGCACGCCAAGCCGCCCUACUCCUACAUCUCGCUCAUCACCAUGGCCAUCCAGCAGGCGCCCAGCAAGAUGCUCACACUGAGCGAGAUCUACCAGUGGAUCAUGGACCUCUUUCCCUAUUACCGGCAGAACCAGCAGCGCUGGCAGAACUCCAUCCGCCACUCGCUGUCCUUCAACGACUGCUUCGUGAAGGUGGCGCGCUCCCCGGACAAGCCGGGCAAGGGCUCCUACUGGACGCUGCACCCGGACUCCGGGAACAUGUUCGAGAACGGCUGCUACCUGCGCCGCCAGAAGCGCUUCAAGUGCGAGAAGCAGCCAGGGACCGGCGGCGGAGGAGGAGGCGGGAGUGGGGCCGGCGGCGCCAAGGGCGGCCCGGAGAGCCGCAAGGACCCCUCGGGCGCCGCCAACCCCGGCGCUGACUCGCCCCUUCACCGGGGCGUGCACGGUAAGGCGGGCCAGCUAGAGGGCGCGCCGGCCGCCGGGCCCGCCGCCAGCCCCCAGACUCUGGACCACAGUGGGGCGACGGCGGCAGGGGGCGCCUCGGAGUUGAAGACUCCAGCCUCCUCAUCGGCACCCCCCAUAAGCUCCGGGCCCGGGGCGCUGGCAUCGGUGCCCCCCUCUCACCCAGCACAUGGCCUGGCCCCCCACGAGUCCCAGCUGCACCUGAAAGGGGAUCCCCACUAUUCCUUCAACCACCCCUUCUCCAUCAAUAACCUCAUGUCCUCCUCGGAGCAGCAGCACAAGCUGGACUUCAAGGCGUAUGAGCAGGCACUGCAGUACUCGCCCUAUGGCGCCACGUUGCCUGCCAGCCUGCCUCUUGGCAGCGCCUCCGUGGCCACCAGGAGCCCCAUCGAGCCCUCAGCCCUGGAACCGGCCUACUACCAAGGUGUGUAUUCCAGACCCGUCCUAAACACUUCCUAGCUCCUGGGACUGGGGGCUCAGCAGGCAUUUGCCAUGCUGGUAGCAGAGAAAAAAAAAAUCAGCAGCAAACAAAACCACAUAUAUCAAACCAAUAACAGCAUCAUUAAAUCUUAGCACCUAUUUUUAUUUCAUUUUUCGUGCACAAUCUUUUCCCCAGUGCAAAAGACUGUUACUUUAUUAUUGUAUUCCAAACUUGUUGUGUACAUUAUUACAAAGACAGCCAACCCCAAACCAACAUUUUUUUUUUCUGUGAAGUUUAAUGAACCACAAGUGUAUAUAUAAAAUCCUCCUCCUUCCUUGGCCCCACCCUUUCUUCCCUCAUUCCCCUCCAGACAACAUUGUAGUCUGUGCAGGGUUUAUUUAACAAAAAACCAAAAAUCAAAAAAAAAAAACCCAACGAAAAAAUGGAAGAUGGUCGAGUUUGUAUAAUAUUUGUUUGUGCUUUUUCCCCCUCCUUAACUGAUGCAGCCCCACAAGUUUACAGGUCUGUGGCAAUACUCUUAACCAUAAGAAUUGAUAUGGUGAAGAAACAAGUAGACACUAGGCUCUUAAAAUUAUUGAAAGAAUACUGCUGUUAUGCAGCAAGACGUGAAAACAGACUAUAAACAUCAGAGCCAUUGUUUUUCAGUUUACAUUUCUGAUACAUUCAGUUAGCAGAUGUCUUUAAAUGAAAUACAUAUAUAUUGUGUACAAUUAUGCACAUGCUCAGAUAUGUAGACAUCCUCCAUAUAUUUACAUAACAUAUAGAGAUAAUAGAUAGGUGAUAUACAUGCUACAUUUUCAAGAGUUGCCUGACCAAGAAGUUACAAGGACCUCAACCCCCUUGUCCUCUUUAUUCGCGUAUGGCCCUGGGAAUCAAUUCCUUAGGAAUCGCCCUCUUCAAGAACUCUCCUCCUUGCUUUCCAGGGUCCCAUGGUCAUGUCAUUCGGAGGUCACAGAACGUGUAUAAUAUUAGCUUCUAUGUGUGUAUGCCAUUUAAAGAAUAUUUUUUUCCAGAGAAAAAAAGGGAAUAUUACAAUGUGGGAGGAGAGAUAAAUUAUAGAGAGCCGUAUUUCAAAAUUUGGUCCAAGAUUCCAAAAUCGUAUUGAUUGUGGCCAUUUUAAUUAUUGCCAUCGUGUGCUUGUUUCAUCCAGUGUUAAUGCACUUUCCACAGUUGAACAUGGUGUUAGUAUAGCCAGACGGGUUUCAUUUAUUAUUUCUCUUUGCUUUCUCAAUGUUAAUUUAUUGCAUGGUUUAUUCUUUUUCUUUACAGCUGAAAUUGCUUUAAUUGAUGGUUAAAAGUACAAAUUAAAAUGUUAAUUUUUAUCAUGUGAUUGUAAUGAAAAUAUUUUGAUUUAAAUAACAAAAAUAAUAACAGAUUUUAAGCAGUGGAAAAUGUUCUUGAUCAUUUGCAAUUAAGGACUUUAAAUAAAUCAAAUGUUAACAAAAAA